AUGUCAGCGCAAUCUCCUCGCAAGAAGUGCGGCGUCCUCGGCUGCACUGGCUCCGUCGGCCAGCGCUUCAUCCUCCUCCUCCAGGGCCACCCGACGCUCACCCUCCACGCCAUCGGCGCCUCGUCUCGCUCCGCCGGCAAGAAGUACAAGGACGCCGUGCGAUGGAAGCAGGCCUCGCCCAUUGGCGACGUCGCCGACAUGGUCGUGAGGGAGUGCCGCCCGGAGGAGUUCCAGGACUGCGACGUGGUCUUCAGCGGGCUCGAUUCCGAUGUCGCGGGCGAUGUGGAGAUGGCCUUCCUCAAGGCUGAAAUCCCCGUCUUCUCCAACGCCAAAAACUACCGCCGCGAUCCCCUCGUCCCGCUCGUCGUGCCCACCGUCAACCUGCCUCACCUCGACCUCAUCCCCCACCAGCGAUCCGUCCACAAGCUGUCCAAGGGCUUCCUCGUCUGCAACUCCAACUGCGCCGUCAUCGGGCUCGUCAUCCCCUUCGCCGCCCUCCAGGCCGCCUUUGGCCCCAUCUCCACCGUCAGCAUCGUCACCAUGCAGGCCGUCUCGGGCGCGGGAUACCCGGGCGUGUCCAGCAUGGACAUCAUCGACAACGUGGUGCCCUUCAUCCAGGGCGAGGAGGACAAGCUCGAGACCGAAGCCAGGAAGAUUCUCGGCUCCAUUGACGAUGGGCGCACUGCCUUUGUCGAGCAGACCGGCCUUCGUGUCUCGGCAUCGUGCAACCGCGUCCCCGUCAUGGAUGGCCACACUGCUUGCGUGAGCCUCAAGUUCGAGCGCCAGCCUCCUCCUUCACCGGAAGAGUGCAAGGCUGCUCUGCGGGCAUACGUCUCCGAGGCCCAGAAGCUGGGAUGCCCCUCCGCGCCUAACCCACCCAUCAAGGUCUUUGAGGAGGACGACCGGCCGCAGCCGAGACUGGAUCGUGAUCUGGGCAGAGGAUACACUGUCAGCGUGGGCAGAGUGCGUGCUGACGAGAGUGGCAUCUUUGAUUUGAAAUUCGUUGCCUUGAGCCACAACACGGUUAUUGGAGCGGCUGGCUCAUCGAUCCUCAAUGCUGAGGCUGCUAUCCUCAAGGGCUACAUCUAA